AUGUUUGACGGUUCAGGAAUUGCUGGUUUCGCUCCUCCUCCGAAGAAAGAUCCCAACUCACAGUUCCCUCCUCUUCCUCCUCUCUUCAUCAGCCUGGCAAACAUCACGGGUCAAGACAGCAGCGCCAGGGAUCGCCCUGUUCCAAAACCUGUCUUCUCAUUUCUAUCAUCUCCUGAUGCAGCUGAGCUGCAGUUGGGAGGGUAUGACGAGACUUCUGUGUCAGGAAGGAUGAGAUACAUUAGCUCACUUUCGAGGUUUGCAUACGUGGUUCCCAUACAGUCCAUGUCGAUAGGAAAUACUCCCAUUCUUAUCAAGAACAGCAACGAGCAGCUGGCAAAAAAGUUUCAAGCUGGUGCAAUAUUGGAUAGCGGCACAAGUUGUAUUUGCCUCCCUGACAAUGACAUGCACGGCUAUGCUAAACAAUCACCAUACAAGAAUUUCAAGGAUUCAUGGCAGAAAGAAAGUGGAGCUGACAUCGAGAUCGUUAUGGGAACAGGAAGUAAGACUUUUAGUGUGAUGAUUCCUUCAAGUGUGUGGCUGCCUGGUAUGCAGGAGGUUCAGGGUUGCCUGAUGAAAGAUUGUCCUAACGAUAAAAUUAUCCUCGGCGACUGGCUGUUUCAGUCGUGGCUCGUGCUCUUUGACUUGGGGCCAACGGCUUCUGGGAGGACACCACGGAUAGGCCUGGCUCCUAGGAAAGAUGAUUACAAUGUGGGUAAGAAGUACUUUCUGCAUGAACACUCGUCCGGGGUAACAAAAGUGGCGAUGAAGCGAGAGAAAGUGACGAAACGGUACAACACUCCUGACCUGCCAGGAUACUCAGCAUCAAAGGAAGAAGUUCCAGAUGUCAAGCUCUCUAUCGUUCGAGAUCUGUAUUAUCUUCUCCCCGUAAUGGUUGGACAUCCAGCACAGCGCUUUGAUGUGGUGUUCGACACUGGAUCUUCCUUCUUUGGUCUAGUUACUGCUCCUGCUGAUUCUGAAGUGGUUCAAGAAGCACUCGUCAAGCUAGGUAAGAAUGGCGACGGUAAGCUCAGCAAGCAGCUGCAACGAGAGGUGGAUGAAGCUGAGAGCGUCAAGAAGAGACUUGAUGCACAGGACAAUGGACCGCUGCGAGAGAGAAAAAUGACUGGCCCUGGGCCAGGGAUGGUCGGGAUGGGAGUGAUCGGGCUGGUGUGGGGAGUGCUUGUGAUCGGAGGCGUUUGUGCCGUCCAGAUCGUCAGAAGGCGCCAGCGAAAAGGAGCUGGCGACUGGUUUUGA